GAGGUACCACCUUCCUCCGUGGUCGAACUGACGCCGUUGUUACCCGCGUGUUAUCCUGAUCCAUCGGUCCGUCCUCUUGUUCACUCGUAUCAACUCCCCCGCGGUCGGAGUCGGCCUUGUCCUCAAGGCGAAGAGUUGGGAAGCGGCGUUGCAGCUCCUGCACCGGUUCCCAUGUCAUGUCCGCCGAUGUACCAUCCGACCACCGGACUAACCAUUGCUCCUGGGGUUGACCCUCCACCAAAACCGUGCGUUGUUGUUCUGCGGCCACCGGAACCGAGACGGGUCAGCCUUUCAAAAAUUCAGUCGGCAGUGCCAUGGGUGGUGUCUCUGUCCCACGGCGCACGAAGGGCCGAAGCAGUGAGACGUGGAAAACGUCAUGAAUGCGGCACUCGGCAGGGAGGCGCAAGCGAUAUGCUACGGCUCCAAUACGUUCCAAGACUUCAAACGGGCCGUAAUACCGGCGUGCCAACUUGGCAGACAGCGGCCUGGCCACCGAGUGCUGGCGACAGCGCUGUCCUAGGCCUGGACAUCGCUGUUCUAGGCUUGCGGUUUGAAAAAUGGGAAGCAACGAUCAUGCCAACAGCGAUGUCUAAAAUCCCUACAUCGCUGUUUUGGCUGUUGACUUCCAAACAAGGAAAGUUUUGUUAGAAUAAUAGACCAACGCUAGAAGGGGGGUGAAUAGUGUUUGAUCAAAAAUCGCAGGAAUAAAAAAUGAAUAAAUGAGAAGUAAAGAGAAGAGUAAGAGGCACACCGAUUUUACCCUGGUUCACCACAACUUGUGGCUAAUCCAGCCUCCCGAGAGACUCUCUCGAGCUACACUACUAUCUCGUUAAGCUUAACGGUGCUUAACAAACCCGUACAACUUGAGAAUUCG